AAGUAGAAGCCGACAAUGCACCUCCCCCGUAUAUUAAUAGCCUCCAAAGGCCCAACACUCCCCUUUUAGCCUAAGUCGCUGUUGCUUUUUCUAUUACUCUCUAUAUCUCAAACUCCCUUCUGUUAUUACAAACCUUUUACUCUUUUUUUUUUUUUUCACUUUCAUUUCGAAGUACCAAACCAACUCAAAAACCACAAAGCCAAAGCAGCAAAAACUGCAACGAAAACCAUUAGAGAGAGAGAGAGAGAGAGAGAGAGAGAGAGAGAAGCUAUGGAAGUUGGGCUAAAGAUGGGAAAAGGAGGAGGAGAUCAUGUAUGUGGUUGCGAGAAGGUGAAAAUGGGCUUUGAAGAGACUGAGCUAAGGCUAGGGUUGCCUGGAGGAGGAGGAGGAGAAGGUGAGGCAAUAAGGAAAAGAUUCUUCUCUGAGACUGUUGAUUUGAAGCUUAACCUUUCCUCCAAAGAAAGUUCUGGGAUAAAUCCAAAUGAGGAGAAGGUGAAAGGUUUGCGACAGGAGAAGAGUCUUCUUCCUUGUGCCAAUGAUCCUGCGAAGCCUCCUGCCAAGGCGCAAGUUGUGGGUUGGCCACCAGUCCGAUCAUUCCGAAAGAAUAUGUUAGCCACCCAAAAGAGCGGCAGCGAGGAGAGUACUGAGAAGGCCAGUGGCAACAGCGCCGCCUUGGUGAAGGUGAGCAUGGACGGCGCACCUUACCUCCGUAAAGUGGACUUGAGGAUGUGCAACAGUUAUCAGGAACUUUCUGAUGCUUUAGCCAAAAUGUUCAGUUCUUUCACUAUUGGAAAUUGUGGAUCCCAAGGAAUGAGGGAUUUCAUGAACGAGAGCAAGCUCAUGGAUCUGCUUAACGGCUCUGAUUAUGUUCCUACCUAUGAGGACAGGGAUGGUGACUGGAUGCUUGUUGGUGAUGUCCCAUGGGAGAUGUUUGUUGAAUCAUGCAAGAGGUUGCGGAUAAUGAAAGGAACAGAGGCAAUCGGGCUUGCACCAAGAGCCAUGGAGAAAUGCAAGAACAGAAGCUGAAGAUGGUAGCUGUAAUUAGUGCAAUCUGCUCCUUUGAUCUCGUGGUCGCUGCAGAUGUCAAAAACAAUGAUAAAAGCAAAGCGAGCAGAUGGAUUGAGCAGGUUGACUUUAUUAUUAUUACGGUGUUUUUGUGUUAAGAGUUUAUAUUAAUAAAUUACAUUAAUGUGAGAUAUAAAGUUCUACACUACUAAUACUACCACUACUACUACUCAACUAUUUGUUAUGGACAAAAACAAUAAUGGAUCUUACUGUAAGUCGUCGCAAGAACUUGGCCUGUCUUUUGCUUGUGUUUAGUAGCUAUUAAUGUAUCGGUUUGUAGUUAUAAUUAUUUGUUGCUUCAAGCUUUAUUCUUAAUGGGAAUUUUCUUUUUUCUUUUUUUGGUUUAUUAAGAGUACUGAUCAGAAAUUAAAAUUGAGGAGCAAAGGUUCCAAGACGCUUUAAUUUUGGUAA